GUAGUUCUACUUGCGACGGGUUUUGAAGAUUCGACACUACACCGUCCUAUAGUUACUACUGUACGCAACAAGCUGCUACGGCCUCAGCGGUUGUUUUAUGCUCCUGUUACUAUAAAGAUCACGUACAAUACAGAUCACUGUGUUUGCCAGUAAAGGAGAAACAUUAUAAGAAUAUCUGAGAAAUUCAUUUGCUGAACAAGACAAUGUCUGACAAGACCGAGAACCAAACCUCAGACCUUCCUGAUGCACACGAAGAUCGGGACUAUGUGCUCAUGCCCAGUCUCUGCGUGAGGAGCUCUUAUUGGGUGUCUAGAGGAAAACCUGGGCUAUUAAAUGUGAAGGAAGAGGAUGAGACAGAUGACAUGAAUAGUCAUCAGACUGAAAUACAUUGGUCCCUCCCUGCCGAUGAAGAUAACGCUGAUAUAGUGAAAGUUGAGAUAACAGAAGAUCUGUGUGUGAGGCAUCAGCUGGAAGCACCCGAUGAGGAAACUAGUGACAGCAUCAGCCCAGGCUGUAUGGAUGUGACACCUUCAGAUGGCUCAGCGGUUGAGCACGGAGGAGAACCGUAUGUGUGUGAUCACAUGAAGACUGAGCAGGAUGAAGUUCCUAUAAAUACGGCUACAGGUGAAUUUACAAACUGCAGUAAUCCUAGCCCUAGCCAUGGUGAAAAUACAGAUACUUGUUUCAAUCUUCUUCAAAAUCAAAGAAGCAACAUGGAAAAUUUAUGUUCUGAAUAUGGGAUUUUUUUUACCAGGAAAUCAAAUAUUUUAAGACAUCAGAAUAUUCAUACAGGAGAGAAAGCAUUUUCAUGUUCUGAAUGUGGGAAAUGUUUUGCUCAGAAAUCGAGUCUUAUUAGACAUCAGAGAAUUCAUACAUUAGAGAAAGCAUUUCCAUGUUCUGAAUGUGGGAAGUGUUUUACUGACAAAUCAACUCUUAGAAGCCAUCAGAAAAUUCAUACAGGAGAGAAAGCAUUUCCAUGUUCUGAAUGUGGGAAAUGUUUUGCUUGGAAAUCAACUCUUAUUGCUCAUCAGAAAAUUCAUAUAGGAGAGAAAGCAUUUUCAUGUUCUGAAUGUGGGAAAUGUUUUACUUGGAAAUCAUCUCUUAUUGCUCAUCAGAAAAUUCAUACAGGAGAGAAAGAGUUUUCAUGUUCUGAAUGUGGGAAAUGUUUUGCUCAGAAAUCAAUUCUUAUUAGACAUCAGAUAAUUCAUACAGGAGCGAAAGGGUUUUCAUGUUCUGAAUGUGGAAAAUGUUUUGCUCAGGAAUCAAGUCUUAUUAGACAUCAGAUAAUUCAUACAGGAGUGAAAGGGUUUUCAUGUUCUGAAUGUGGGAAAUGUUUUGCUCAGAAAUCAAUUCUUAGUAGCCAUCAGAUGAUUCAUACAGGAGAGAAAGGGUUUUCAUGUUCUGAAUGUGGGAAAUGUUUUGCUCGGAAAUCAAUUCUUAUUAGACAUCAGAUAAUUCAUACAGGAGAGAAAUCAUUUUCAUGUUCUGAAUGUGUGAAAUGUUUUGCUCGGAAAUCACAUCUUAUUCGACAUCAGAUAAUUCAUACAGGAGAGAAAGCAUUUUCAUGUUCUGAAUGUGGGAAGUGUUUUACUCUGAAAUCAUCUCUUAGAAGCCAUCAGAGAAUUCACACAGGAGAGAAAGCAUUUUCAUGUUCUGAAUGUGGGAAGUGUUUUACUGACAAAUCAACUCGUAGAAGCCAUCAGAGAAUUCAUACAGGAGAGAAAGCAUUUUCAUGUUCUGAAUGUGGCAAAUGUUUUGCUCGGAAAUCGACUCUUAGAAGCCAUCAGAAAAUUCAUACAGGAGAGAAAUCAUUUUCAUGUUCUGAAUGUGGGAAAUGUUUUGUUCGGAAAUCACAUCUUAUUAUACAUCAAAGAAUACAUACAGGAGAAAAAGCAUUUUCAUGUUCUGAAUGUAGGAAGUGUUUUACUGACAAAUCAACUCUUAGAAGCCAUCAGAAAAUUCAUUCACAUGAGAAAGCAUUUUCAAGUGCUGAAUGUGGGAAAUAUUUUACUCAGAAGUAAACUCUUACUAUAUAUCAGAGAAUUCAUAAAGGAGAGAAAGCAUUUUCAUGUUCUGAAUGUGGGAAAAGUUUUGCUCUGAAGUUAAAACUUAUUGCACAUCAGAAAAUUCAUUUGGGAAAUAAAGCAUUCUCAUAUUUUGCACAGAGCGAACUCCUAUAUUAAGCCCUUAUUUGGUUUAGGAUAGCCCUCUAGCUGCAUAAAAUGCAUUGUGCUGAAUUAUAACAAAUAAUAUUUUUUGUCUUUUGAUUUCCAAAUUCAAAUUUUAUUAAAAAUAAAAAAACUGAAUUAUUUUAGAAAGGUUACUUAAUAUAUUUAUAAAUCCAUAAAUGUUUUGACUAAAUUUGUGUAUUGAAAUUGUAAUAAAAAUAUGAUUUAUUUCA